AUAUAUUAAUAUAUUUAUGGUUGAAUGGAGAUUUCUCUUAUCGACUACAACAUAGAGCCAUUGAAGAAAUAUCUAUACGUCUGACAACUCAAUUAAAGCCAUCAAUAUCUAUAGAAUUCGCAAGAAAACCACGAAAAAUGGAUUAUGUAAAAUUAUAGAAAGUCACGGAAUAUAUAAUAGAUUAAUACUGUUGUAUACCGGCCCAUUGACUUUUAAAUCUAUUUAAAAAAAGUGUGUACAUCUAUUUUAUGACAUUACAUAUAAUUAUUGGAAUCUUGUCUUCAAAGUAUUUGCACAAGCAUCUAUCUUAUGCACAAGAUCUGAUUAUUUUUUUAUUAAAACAUUUAUCAAACUUUAUGGAGUGCAAAACGUGUCACAUAACAUCCACAGCCUUAUACAUCUUAUAGACGAUGUCAAAAAAUUUGGAUCACUUAAUAACUUCAGUGCGUUUAAGUUUAAGAACUUAAGUUUGAGAACAUGCAAGUAUUUAAAAAAUAUCUCAGAAAAGCAGAGAAACCUUUACACAACCUUUAGAACAAAUUGUACGGAGAUAUAUUGAAAAAGAAAUUAAUUUAAGUACAUCAUCGAUUGAUUUGUCGGAUUCCAUUUUGAUAUUCCAUUUUGACAUCCAACUUUAAUGUCCUUACAUAACGAUGGUCCACUUCUAUCCGAUUACAAUAAUCCAUAAUAUAAAAUUAUCAAAUAUUACGGAGUAACAUUUCAAGCUGGAACACUUGCAAAUAGUUGUUGUGGUUUAAGUUGUGAUGCUAUUGUAUGUAUUGAAAAUGUGGCACAUUGCAUAAAGCAAAAUAUUCCUGUCAUUAUCGGAUACGAAUUUUUGGAAAAAGAAGAUCUAUUUAACGUUCCCUGCUUAUCUUCGUUACUUAGGAUUUAUUCCGUAAAAUCAUGCUCAGAUUUGAAAUCAUGGCCAUUGAAAAAUAUUAUUAAAAAAUAUGUCAAAUUGCCAUGCGGAAAUGAUAAAUAUGCAGUCUUCCCAUUACACAAUGAAAUGUAAUUGAUAUUCAUUCACAUAGAAUGACAUAAAUUUUAUGCAAUCGUCGAAUUCGAAGAUGGACCAUAAGUAAUACCAAAUAAUUGGUUAAGUGGAGACUUAACAAAAACUUUUUGGCCAAACUUUACGAAUAACAAACGAUACGAUAAAAUGGUGAAACUUAUGGAGGAACCGGAAUGUACUUGGUUGGAAUAUGCCAUUCGAAAAAUAUAUAGAACAUUUCAUAACUAUGUAGUAGCAAGAAAAAAGUUGAAAGAUGCCGAAGAGUUAUCCGACAUUAACUCUGGCACUGAAAUAAAGGAGAAUUUAAAAAAGUCGAGAAAAAUCAGAGCCGCUAAAGUUAUCGACAAAUCGAGUAAUGAGGAAUCAUCUGAUGAUGAAAUGGCACUAAUCUCACAACUUCCGAAAUUUUCAAACAAGCAUUCCAUGACUGCAGAAAUCACUAAAAAAGCAUUAAAAAUUACAAAGGAUGCACAAAAAGGUUUGCAUUGCAAUGAAAAUGUGCUUGAUGCAUCCGCAGAACAAUCAUUUGAUGACGAAAUUAAUAAUACAAAUGUGCCAAUCCGACAAAGAGAUGAGACAUCAAAUCCAUUAAUGAAUAAAUUUGCAUUGCAAUGAAAAUUUGUUAGAUGCAUCCGCAGAACAAUCAUUUGAUGAUGAAUUUAAUGCGAACAUGCCAAUCCGAUUAGGAAACAAGACAUCAAAUCGAUUGAUUAAUAAACAAGAUCUGCAUUGCAAUAAAAAAAUUCUUAAUUCAUCUGCAGAACAAUCGUUUGCUGACGAAAUUAAUGCAAACGUGCCAAUCGAUCUAAAAAAGAUAUCAAAUCCAUUAAUUAAUAAGCAAGGUAUA